AUGGAGAAACUGAUCCUUAUGAUUGAGUCAAAACAAAGUACAAUUCUUACAGUCUGUGAUCUAGAGCAUAAAAUAAUAUCUGAUAUCCCUAUAAUGAUUCCAAUAAAUUUAACGAGAUUCACUUGCAUUGCUCAACUUCCAAACUAUGAGUUAUUUUGCUUCGGAACUGAAGGCAUCCCAUCAUCUGGGUUUGCUUGUAUCAUAGAUCUUCAAAAUUAUUCUUUAAAGAGAAGAUUGACUCUUGGAUAUCCUUGCUAUUCAUCCUGCGCGCUAUAUUAUGAUGGCUUUGUUUAUAUUUUUGGAGGUGGAAAUAACACAAAAGGAGAUUUACCUAAUUUUUAUAAGUUUGAUCUGCAAAAUAAUAGGUGGAUAAAACGAUUGUCCUUGCCUAUAUCUUCUCAUUCCUGCUCAUCUAUUAUCUUUAGAAGCAAUAUUCUUGUAUCUGGAUUUAGUCAUAAACAUCUAUAUCAAUAUAAUAUGGAACUGGAUAGCUACUCGAUAGCUUUUUCUUUUGAGUCUGGAAACUCUUGAAAAAUAUUACUUGCUGAAAAUAACAGAGCGUAUAUAAUAGAAAGACUUGGGAGAAUUUAUGAAUGUGGAGCUGAAAAUGUUUAUAAUUGAAAUGAUGUUGGAAAGUCAAGCAUGGACUGAUUUUUACAACAUUAUGUAACUUAUUAUCAGAAUUCUGCGUAUAUUGGAAUUAAUAUUGGAACUAGUAAUCUCUAUUAUAAGUUUGAUUUCAAAACGAAAAAAAUACAAAAAUUUUAUUUUGCGAGCUAG